GCUUUCCGUACACAAACUGUGCUUCUUCCCCAUUUUCAUUCAGAUCAUGAGACUGCGCGCAAUAAAGACCACAAACUAUAGACCGCAGCCCUCUGAUAGUAAUUAACCAGGCAUGAGUUGCACGUGGCCUAUUAUUUUGCUGGUCCUGCAUUUGACGCAGUUUUGUUCAGCGCUGGAGUCAGUCUCCUCCAGUUUCACCCAGGUGCCCUUCCUCACAGUGUGGAAUGCUCCCACUGCCCGCUGCCUGUCCCAGUAUGACAUUGACCUCGACCUGGGCAUGUUCAACAUCGUCCAGAACCAAGACCAGAGCUUCAUGGGGGACAAUAUCACCAUUUUUUACUCUGACAAACUUGGCCUGUAUCCCAGGUAUGCCAACCAGGGGAUGCCGAUCAACGGAGGUGUACCACAAAACUCAAGCCUGGAAAAACAUCUUAGAGCUGCUUCUGAUGACAUAAGACUUUAUAUUCCCACCCAAGACUUUGAAGGCCUGGCUGUGGUGGACUGGGAAAGCUGGCGCCCCCUUUGGGAGAGGAACUGGGAUUCCAAGGAGAUCUACAGGGAAGGAUCUAAGACUCUGGUUUGGUCCAAGCAUCCAGAUUGGAGCCCUCAACAAGUUGAAACUGCAGCCAGGAUAGAAUUUGAGAAAGCAGGUCGUCAGUUCAUGGAAGAAACACUAAAAUUAGGCAGAGAAGAGAAACCAAAUGGUCUAUGGGGGUUUUAUGGAUUUCCAAAUUGUUAUAACUACUUCAAAAGCACCAGCUAUACAGGGGAGUGUCCACCAGCAGAGAGGAAGAGAAAUGAUGAGUUGUUUUGGUUGUGGAACGUGUCCUCUGCCUUGUAUCCGGACAUUUAUCUUAGUUUGCAGCUCAGAGAUUUGGGUAAAGAUGUGCAGUUGUACACUCACCAUCGCAUCCUGGAAGCUAUGAGGGCAGCGUCCCAGGUCACCCCCCAAAACCCUCCUGUUUUCCCCUACGCACGCAUUGUCUACACCUACUCACUCAACUUUCUCUCACAGGAUCAUCUAGUCUACACCAUUGGAGAAAGUGCAGCUUUAGGAUCGGCUGGUGUUGUUCUAUGGGGAGAUAAAAUGUUCACUAAUUCUCAGGCCAGCUGUGAUGCUGUCAAAUCCUACAUAGAUGAGACAUUGGGUCCAUAUCUGGUAAAUGUAACCUCAGCUGCAGCCCUGUGCAGCAAGGCGCUCUGCUCGUCCAAGGGCAGGUGUCAGAGGCGCAGCCCCAGCUCUGGGACCUACCUCCACCUGGACCCCUCUGCCUGGAAGAUACGGUCCCACAAAAAGCCCACAGGAGGGGGGAGGAACUACAGUGUCCUGGGACAGCUCAGGCAGCAAGACAAAGCACUAAUGGAGGCAAAGUUUACAUGUAACUGUUACCCCGGCUGGACUGGGGACAAUUGCUCCAAACAUGUGUAGAAAAAGUGUUUUUACAUUAGAGACACUUACAAAAGGAAAACAGCACAUUGAAUGAAGUUUUAAACUAAUUUUUUAAUUAUUUUUUUUUUUAAACAGUGUUUUUAAUGUAUGUUUACAGUGUUAGUGAUUACAAUGGCGACAGUAGCUCAGUUGGUCUGAUCUGAAGGUUGGUGGUUCAAAUCCCACUCUUUACAUAACAUCACUGGUUAGCUGUGAGAUCCACUGGCCCACAGGUUGGUCCUUGACUCAUUUCAGCCCAGUUGUGAAUGAAUGAAGAGGUAUAUGGUUCCAUGAUGUGAAGUGCUCUGAGUGCCUUGAAGGUGGGAAAAGCGCCAUAUAAAAUGUGGCCACUGACCAUUUACAAUGAGCCAAAACCAUAAUGAAUGUUACAUAUUUUAUUAACUUGAGAUUUUAGCUGUGUUCCUAAUCACAACAUCAACCUUUGGACUAAACUGGGAUGAAAUCUGGAACUAAACCAGGACAAAACCAGAAACUAAACCAGGAACAAACCACAGGUGUGAACCAAAAUAGGCUAUAGAUAACUUGUAGUGAAGCACAUAGUCAUUUCAAAGUUUUCUUAUGCAGAAUAAGUCUAACCAGAUCAUCCUUAAUAAUUAAUUUAAGUUUCGGAAUGAUAUGAUAUGCUAUGCUAUGUGUACAACAGUAUUGGUGGAGACUGUCAGAUUUACUUUUUUCAUUUUCAGUUCAUCAGCCAGAAUAAGAUAAAUUUGCAUAUA